AUGCCAGGGCUGAUGAACUGGGCCACCCUCUCCCAGCUGCCCCUCAUUGCGUCCGAGGUGACAUCCUGUGUCAGCGGCUACGCCUUUGGGAUGACAGCCCUGCUCACCUACCACAACCCAGACCCCCAGGCUUUGGAAGGUCUCUUUGUGUACCCCUUGGACGAGGGCACGACUGUGGUGGGCUUUGAGGCGGCCGUGUCCCAGCGCACCGUGACAGUGCAGAUCAAAGACAAAGCCAAGAUUGAUGGCACCUACUUCAACAGCUGCAGCCUCCCCCCUGGAAGAGCUGGUGAUGGAAGUGGUGAGGGGGUUGAGGGAAGGAUUAUGAUGGAUGAGGACCUGGAGAGGAUCGUUUUUGUGGCUAGCCUGGGCAUGAUUCCUCCCCUGGAAAGUGUCUCCAUCUUCAUCAGCACCUCCUCUGAGCUGCAGACACUGCCCAGUGGGGUGGUGAGGGUCCUUCUGCCAGCUGUGUGUGUCCCCAGGGUCCCCCAGCCCAGCCUGGAGAAUGCCAGCAGCUUUUCCAGCCACCAGCUCCGAUCGGACAAACACCUCUGUGGAUCGGGGAGCCCGGAGCAGGGGAGCAGGUUCUGCCUGGCUCAGCUGCUGGACAGUGAGGCCACCAACCCCUUUGAGUAUGAGUUCAGCUUCCACCUGGAGAUCCGGGGGCCGUGUUUGCUGGCAGGAGUUGAGAGCCCCACACACGAGAUCCGGGCAGACGCCGACCCCUCGGCUCCCUCUGCCAAGAGCAUCGUGAUCACUCUGGCCAACAAACACACCUUCGACAGACCCGUGGAGAUCCUGAUUCAUCCAAGUGAGCCCCACAUGCCCCACGUCUUAAUGGAAAAGGGUGACAUGACCCCUGCAGAGUACGAACGACACCUGAAGGGGAAGAACGAUUUCAUUAAAGGCACUAAGAAAGACCCCAGUGCCAAGAAAAAGAUGGAAAUCAUCAGGAAGCGACUGAACAAGGACAUCCCCCACCACCCUGUCAUCAUGCUCAACUUCUGCCCUGACUUGAGGACUGUGCAGCCAGGCCUCAGGAAAGCCCAGGGAGAGUUUAUCUUCCUGGUAGACCGCAGCAGGAGCAUGAGUGGUGUGAACAUCAGCCGUGCCAAGGAUGCCCUGUUGGUCAUUCUCAAGAGCCUGAUGCCAGAGUGUCUCUUCAACAUCAUUGGCUUUGGAUCCACCUUCAAGACCCUCUUUCCUGUCAGCCAAGCCUAUUGUGAGGAGAGCCUGGCCAUGGCCUGCCAGAGCAUCAGGAGGAUCCAGGCUGAUAUGGGCAGCAUCAACCUCUUAUCCCCCCUGAAGUGGGUGACCCGCCAGCCCAUCCACAGGGGCCACCCCCGGCUGCUCUUUGUGCUGACAGCCGGGGCCAUCAGCAACACCGGGAAGGUUCUGGAGCUGCUGCGGGACCACUCGUGCUCCACCAGGUGCUACAGCUUCGGCAUUGGGCCCAACGCCUGCAGGAGGCUGGUCCAGGGUCUGGCUGCCGUGUCCAGGGGCAGCUCCGAGUUCCUGGAGGAGGAUGAGAGGCUGCAGCCCAAGAUGAUCAGGUCCCUGAAGAAGGCGAUGGCACCAGUCCUGAGUGAUGUGUCUGUGGAGUGGGUGUUUCCCGAGAGCACCGAGGCCCUGGUGUCCCCUGUCAGCAGCAGCUGCCUGUUCCCUGGUGACCGUCUGCUCAGCUAUGGUGUCAUCUGUGACACCUCCCCGUACCUCUCCAACCCCAGAUCUGACAAGAGGCGGCGGUACAGCAUGAUGCAUUCCCAGGAGUCGGGCAGCUCUGUUUUCUUCCACUCCCAGGAAGAGGGAGCAGGCUUGGAGAGCUGGAACCACUCCAGAGACUCGGAGGGCUCCUGCCCCACCAAGCACUCCCCCGACCGCCUGGGCGUGGGCAGAGAUCCUGGGGGAGAGUCGGACACGGACACGGAGUCUGCCCAGCAUCCAUCCCUCACCUUUGAGACAGAGACCUCCUCCGACUGGGAGCCCCAGGACCUGGAUAUUGGCGCUGCCUGUGGCUCCCCACGCUCCCCCAGGACCCUCUGCAAGGCAGUGGUGAAAGGGCUGAGGAACAACGAGCCUGUGCAGUGGGAAGUCACGUUUGAUAUCCACCCUCUGUUCCGAGAGCGGGACAGCCAGGAGGAUGGUGACACAGACCUGUGGAGUGAGACCUUCCACCACCUGGCAGCCAAGUCACUCAUCCAGGAUUUCGAGCAGCUCGCCGAGAGGGAGUGUGAAAUCGAGCAUGGGUCUGGGCGGCGGUUCCAGCUCAGCGCUGUCCACACCAGCAAGGCCUGUAAUGUCAUCAGCAAGUACACAGUGUUUGUGCCCGUGGACCUGAGCACCAGCUCCUACCUGCCCUCCCUGGUCCAGUACACCCACACAGAUGCUGAGGAGAGCAGCCCCACACCCUCCAGCACCCUGUCCUCCUCUGCCUGGGAGCGCUGCCGUGCCCCUGAAGGGCCUUUCCACAGCCUGUCUGCUUCCUCUGCACAAGCCCAAAAAUCCAUCGAGAGGCUCUUUGCUGCCAGGCUGACCCUCAAUAAAACCAUGCUGCUGGUCCGAGCUGCCAAAGGCUUCAUGAGUAAAUCUGCAGGCAGAGGGAGCGAAGCCAGCUCUGAGGGUGACAAUGAGAGCAUGGACUACCUUCCCCUGGUGUCCCUGCAGCUGGCCUGCGGUGCCUUCCUUCUGAAUUCUGCCUUCUGUGAUGCCAUCAACAUCCCCAUGGAGAAACUGAAGUGGACAUCACCCUUCGCCUGCCACCGCCUGUCCCUCAGCCCCUCCGGCUCCUACAGCCCCAAGAAGAGCAGCCCCUCCUCGGAGCACCGAGUCCUGAACUCCAGCCAGCAGCUGCUGGUCCCCGUGCUGGAGGACAGCGGCCGCCUCAGGCACCUGUCGGGCAGCGCAGCCGAGAGCAUCUCCCGAGCCCUGAGAGCCGAGAGGGAUCUGUCCCCUCCUGCCAUCACCAUCCGCAGCUUCUCCUCCCCGCCCGAGUGCGGGGCCGACAGUGCCCGGGGCCGCGACAGCGACGGCUCCGAGCUCCAGGCUUUGCUCUUGGACGUGGAGCUGCAGCAGCAGACGGAGCCCGAGGGGAUGCUGUGGGCCACGGCGGUGGCGCUGGCCUGGCUGGAGCACAGCUCAGCUUCCUUCUUCAUCGAGUGGGAGCUGGUGGCGGCCAAAGCCAGCCUGUGGCUGAGCGGGCAGGGCUUCCCGGAGGGAUCCAGCCUGGCCGCGGUGAAAGCUGCAGCCCAGCAGCUCUUUGUGCUGCUCCGUCACUGGGAUGAAAAGCUGGAGUUCAACCUGCUGUGCUACAACCCGGGCAGUGUGUAA